CCCAAAUAAUUUAGUUUAAAAUGUUAGUAUUAUCAACUUCUAUAUUUCUAUUGAAUCUUUUGUCAUCUUCAUUGCCAAAAAAACCAAACCAUACAAUUGAGAGGGAGAUAUGGAAGCGAAGCUAGCAAGACUGGGAAGCUCACUCCUUGUACCCAGUGUUCAAGAACUGGCCACAGAAUCACUCACCACCGUCCCACCGCGGUAUGUUCGCCAUGAUCAUCAGAACCAUCCAAUCUCAUCGUAUGGUUCUCGUUGUCCCAAUGAUGUUCCGAUCAUCGACAUGGACAAGUUGAUUUCUGGAGAUCAUAUGGAUUUAGAAUUGAAUAAGCUUAACUAUGCAUCCAGAGAGUGGGGUUUCUUCCAGUUGAUAAAUCAUGGAGUGAGCUCUUCAUUAGCGGAGAAGGUGAAGAUGGAGACUCAGGAAUUCUUCAACCUCCCAAUGGAAGAGAAGAAGAAAUUUUGGCAGGACCCUGGUGAUGUUGAAGGAUUUGGGCAGAUCUUUGUUGUAUCAGAGGAGCAAAAGCUUGAUUGGGCUGACCUCUUCUUCCUCACCACCCUUCCAACCCAUUUGAGAAAACCCAAUUUAUUUCCAAUGCUCCCUCUCCCCUUCAGACACACUCUGGAAGUUUACGCGGCUGAGUUAAAGCAUCUUGCCAUGAAGAUUCUUGACUACAUGGCUAAAGCUUUGAAAAUGAAGGCAGAGGAUAUGAGGGAGUUGUUUGAGGAAGGGAUGCAGACAAUGAGGAUGAACAACUAUCCUCCAUGUCCACAACCAGAGCUGGUCGUUGGCCUCCCCCCACACUCCGAUGCCGUUGGCCUCACUAUCCUCCUCCAGCUCAAUGAAAUGGAAGGUCUGCAGAUUAAGAAAGAUGGGAUGUGGGUUCCUGUUAAACCCCUCUCUGAAGCCUUCGUGGUCAACAUUGGAGACAUUCUAGAGAUUGUUACCAAUGGAACUUAUCGUAGCAUCGAGCAUCGAGCAGUGGUGAACUCUAGCAAGGAGAGACAGUCAAUUGCCACAUUUUACAACCCAAGACUUGACGGAGAAAUGGGUCCUGCACCUAGUUUGAUUAGCCCACAAACACCAGCACGGUUCAAAAGAAUUAGGGUUCAAGAUUAUUUCACAGGCUUUUUCGCUCGAGAGCUUCAUGGGAAAUCAUACCUAGAUGUCAUGAGGGUUGAAAAUGAGGAAAGCCAGAACAGUACUUGAAAAUUCUGUAACAGUAAUGUACUAAAACUUGUUUCAUCUUUUGCUAUUAAAGUUGUAAAGAGUACUGAAGCCGCUUAAAAACCAGCCUGUCACAUAAACCUUACUAUGAAAUUCCUCAUCAGAACUAGAGUUUUUAUUUUUUGGAUAAAUUCCUCAACAGAACUCGAGUUAUAAAUAAUAUUUCAUUAUACAGACAA